AUGUUGCGGACUGUUGUGGUGGUACUCCUGGCGGUGGCGCUGUGUGGCACCACUGCUUCUCCACUGGGGAGUCCCAUUCCAGGGAGCAAGCUCUGGAGGUCUCGUCUGGAUGGCCGGAUCGUCGGCGGUUCCGCAGUCAGAAUCUCGCAGUAUCCCUGGCAGCUCUACUUCACAAUAAGCAGCUACUGGUGCGGCGCCUCCAUCAUCAGCAGCAACUGGGCCCUCUCGGCAGCCCACUGCGUGAAAGGCGCCUCGAUAAACAGCAUGCAGCUGCGGGCCGGCUCUUCCGUCAGGGGUAGUGGCGGCACCGUGCACAGUAUUGCCAACUCUCACAUGCACGAGAGUUACGGCGACAACGACGACUACGACAUCGCCGUCUUGCAAGUGUCCAACGCCUUCAGCUUCGGGCCCAACGUACAAGCCGUGGCCCUAGCCUCGUCAGAGCCCGCUGCCGGCACCUCCGCGACAGUGAGCGGUUGGGGCGCGACGUCAUCUGGGGACAACGGCGCCUCUAUACUGCGGGCUGUCACCGUCCAGAUCAUAGACCGCGACGCGUGCGACCGCUCGCUCGGCGGCAUCACCAGCCGCAUGAUCUGUGCAGGAGUGAGCGGAGGCGGCAAGGACGCCUGCCAGGGAGACAGCGGCGGUCCUCUGGUGUCCGGCUCCACCCAGGUGGGCAUCGUCUCCUUUGGCAUCGGCUGCGGUCUGGGGAACUUCCCGGGCGUCUACGCCAAUGUCGCCAACCUUCGGUCCUGGAUCAGAUCCACUUCUGGAGUCUAG